AUGACUAACCCGGCUGGAAUGGCGGGGGAAGCAGAGAGGAUAGCCCUGGGCUUGAGCAUGUCAGUGUUUGCCGUGGUCGCUGUCCUUGGGAAUGUGCUGUUUUGGUUCGCUCUUCUUUGUGAUAAGCGGGCAUUGGGUAUAAGCAACGCAUUCCUUGUCAACCUGAGCGUGUCUGACUUUGUUGUUGGCUUGUGGAACAUGCCUAUAACAGUCAUUUCUGUGGCUGCAAACAAGUGGCCGCUUGGUAACGCUCUCUGCAACUUCUCGGCGUUUGUGGACAACACAAUGUUGUUGAUAAGUGUGUGGACAGUAGCCUGUUCCUCACUGGACAAGUUUUACAUGAUCCAGUAUCCACUACAUUACAAUCGCAACAUCACCUGGACUCGAGUCACCAAACUUAUAGUUUGUAUCUGGGUUACAGCAGGACUGUGUAACUCCCCUCCUCUCUUCAACUACCAGGGACUUAAGUUCGGCUACUCUAAGUUGUCUUAUAGCUGUGGAUUGGUAUGUCCUUCGGAACUGUAUGGGCAGGCCUUAGUAAAAGCACUCGAAUCGUCCAGUCAAUGUAGAAGCUUCAUGGCUAAUUCAAUCAACUUGGUAGAAAUAAAAAGAGUCGCUUCAACCGAAACUUUACGGUGUAAAAGUGACGUGGACAGGUUCCGGACGGAUCUACAGCUGCCCAGAUCAGCGUCUCUGAGCUCCAGAAUAGUGAAGCGGAACGGGAGUGCUGUGUCUGUUGUCCUCAAGAGAUCAGUGUCUAGCCUUGUACCUGGUCAUGUUGGUGGUUCCGGACCUGCUUCUGAUUCUAUGUUGAUAAGGAAGCGACAUAAUAAGAGCAAUACUGUCACUGUUUUAGUUAUUAUUGGUGUUAUGAUGUCGUGUUUUCUCCCCGUUACAUUUGUCGGGUUUAUCCACUUCAUAGACGGUUCUCUGAUCCAGGUUGGACCAGAGUUCUUCAUAGCAUUUCACUGGUUGUUGCUGAGUAACAGUGCCGUGAAUCCGGUGUUCGCUGAUUGA